AUGGCACCAAAAGUCACUGCUCUUGUUCUUGUCUUUGUUGCCAUUGUUGGGUUGGCCUCGGCCCAGAACCAGAAUCAAAACCAAAACCAGAACCAGAACCAGGCAGGAGGGGCCCCUGCCCCCAAUAACCCAGCACCAGGAAAUGCAAAUCAAACAAAUUCUAAUCAAACAAAUGCUAAUCCUCCAAAGGAAGGUGCCCCGGCGGCAACAACACCUCCAACUCCCCCGGCUGCUAAUCCUCCAAAUAAUCCACCAAAUGUACCAGCGACACCAAGUCCAAACCCACCAACUUCCCCAGCAACACCAAAUUCAAACCCACCAACUUCUUCUAAUGAUUCUAAAAACCCCCCACCACCGGCUAAUGAUGCAAAUAACCCACCACCACCACCACCUGCUAAUGACUCAAAUAACCCACCACCACCUGCUAAUGAUUCAAACAGCCCACCUCCACCUACUAAUGAAUCCAACAACCCACCUCCAAAUACCCCAGCUCCCGAGGCAAGUACCCCGCCUCCCGACACUCCGGCUCCCCCAACCUCCUCCUCUACACCGCCCACCUCUGAAUCAUCGGCGCCCAGCAAUGCCCCUCCUCCCACUGAGACUUCCGAUUCUCCAGCCUCUUCCCCCAUCGCUGAUAAUGCUACAAUGCCUGAUGUGGCCUUGCCUGCACCCGUUGGCAGUGAGUCAAAAACCGAUGCUCCUCCUGGAAGUGGUGCCACCGCUCUCCGGGUUUCUGGCCUCCUGGCUGGAGUUACUAUCUCGGCUUUCUUCUUCUAAGCCUAAAGACUUAAUGGUUCAUUAAUUGGGGCAUAUAUCCAUGCAU